CAGCUGCUGAAAUGUGAUACAAGCUGUUAACAAAACAGGAAGUUGGCUAGGCAGCUUUGCUUCUCAAGAUGGCAGUUUCUGGAUUUCCUCUUGGUGCCUUCAUACUUCUGUCACACAUUAGUUCUGUGGCUAAUUAUCCCGACGGAAGAGUAACGGCAUCUUGCCAUGAAAUGAUUCCUGAACAUGGUCACAUUCCACGCUCUGAUCCGAUUCACAACAUUUCAGUGAGUCAGAUGACAUUCACCUCAGGAGAUCAGAUCAAAGUUACUUUGUCAGGGCCAGAAUUUAAAGGCUUUCUCUUAGAAGCACGUGAUGCUAAUGCUCUGAGUGGCCCUCCUAUUGGCUUCUUCAAAUUGAUUGACAGUCGAGUGUCACAGCUUCUGACUUGUGAUGAUAUACAGGGAUCAGCUGUGAGUCACACAAAUCCACACAAAAAAACAGAAAUUAAAGUGUACUGGAAAGCUCCAAACGAUGCCCCCAAUCACAUACGGUUUCUAGUCACGGUUGUUCAGAAGUAUAAAACCUACUGGGUGAAGAUUCCUGGUCCUGUAAUUUCACAACCAAAUGCACCUCCUUUUACAACACCUGAAGCUACAGUAACACCGUUGUCAACUUUACCUCCAGUCUCUCACUUAACCAAAUCAUUCAGUGCUUCAGAUUGUGGGAACAAGAAGUUCUGUGUGCGGAGUCCUUUGAACUGUGACCCAGCAAAGGAGCGUGCCUGUGUCUUUCUGUCCUUCACACGAGAUGACCAAUCAGUCGUGGUUGAACUGAGUGGUCCCAGUAGAGGCUAUUUAUCCUUUGCGUUUUCUCAUGACCGAUGGAUGGGUGAUGAUGAUGCUUACGUGUGUAUUCACGAAGAUCAGACUGUGCACAUACAACCUUCUUACUUGACGGGGCGAAGUCACCCCGUGAUGAACUCUAAGGAUACUCUUGAGGAUAUGGCUUGGAGGUUGGAGGAUGGUGUUAUGCAGUGUUCUUUCAGAAGAAACAUUACCCUUCCUGGAGAUAAGAAUAGAUUUGAUCUAAACACAAGCUACUACAUAUUUCUAGCAGAUGGUGCAGCUGAUGAUGGUCGAAUUUAUAAGCAUUCCCAGCAUCCUUUGAUUACAUAUGAAAAACAUGAUGUGACAGACCAUCCAAAGAAUGUAGGAGGAUCCCGUUCUUUACUCCUUCUGAAGGCUCAUGGUGCCUUAAUGUUUGUGGCAUGGAUGACUACUGUUAGCAUAGGUGUAAUCAUUGCCCGGUUCUUCAAACCUGUUUGGUCAAAGACUCUCUUUGGUGAAUCAGCUUGGUUUCAGGUGCAUCGAAUGCUCAUGCUUACUACUUCUGCCCUCACCGGCAUCGCUUUUGUUCUGCCUUUCAUUUACAGAGGAGGCUGGAGUUGGCAUGCUGGUUGUCACCCAUACCUUGGUUGUAUAGUGAUGAUUUUAGCAGUUCUUCAGCCUCUGCUGGCAGCCUUCCGGCCACCAUUGUAUCACCAAAGAAGGGAAUUGUUUAACUGGACUCAUUGGGGUCUGGGAACAGCUGCUAGAAUAAUAGCAGUGGCAGCAAUGUUCCUGGGAAUCGAUUUACCAGGAUUGAAUCUUCCUGGCUCAUGGAAAACCUAUGCAAUGAUUGGAUUUGUAGCCUGGCACGUUGGAACUGAGGUUAUUCUGGAGAUACAUGCUUACCGACUCUCUCGCAAAAUUGAAAUAUUGGAUGAUGCUAGAAUUCAGAUACUUCAGUCAUUUACUGUAGCUGAAGCAGAAGGUUAUGCUUUUAAAAAGGCAGUGUUAGCAAUUUACGUCUGUGGGAAUGUGGCUUUUCUCAUCCUGUUCUUAUCCAAUAUCAACCAUCUAUGAGCAAGCAAAAACCUUGCUGUUACAGACCAGGUAAUAAUUAUCAUCAAGGCAAAGAAACUUGAAGCUGUACUGACUGCAUGAAUUCAUAUUCAUGAAUUCCAAUUUGGAAGACCAGGUCAUGUCCAUAGAGGAAUUAUGAAGUGUGGUCUUAAGAGAGCAAUAUUCAACAGGGUCCUAUGGACUAUAAUGUGAUGUCAAACCUUUAUGUGCAAUUCUGAGUCUUAUGGAGAGGGUAGUACUUCCUGGAAGAGAAGUGACUCUGUUAUGUCUACGCUGAGAUUUUUAAGAAUGUUAGCAUUUAAGAAAAUAAACAAGAGCCAUUUGGAAAAUAAAGGAUGUCAUUAGGAUUAAAAGAUUAAAGUAAAUAUAUUUUGAGCUAUAAAGGUGUUAUGGUACUUUAAAGAAAACAUUUUUACUGGUUUAUAUCAAUGGUGUUUCUUAGAACUUUUUGAGAAACUAUGGUUUUUGGUCCAGUUUUUGGAAUAUAUCUCUUACUUUAUGUAUUUUGUUACUUCUUUGGUAAAAGUAGAAAUGUGGCUGACCCUAUUGUAGGUUUCGUUAACGUUUAAAUAUAUUAUGAAUUAUAUAAUUUCCAUGAAAUGAAAGUGUGCAUCUUCUGCUUAAAAACUGCCUUUAUAAAUUCAUCAACAAAGCUAAAAUAGCAUUUUAUAUGUUAAUUAUUUUGACAAUAAGAUUUAAGUCCUAUAGCCUUUGGAGAUUGUAAACUUGCACUUCAAAAAUAAAGCUCACCCUUGUGAACAUGUCUAA